GCAUCUGUUUUUUAAUAUUUCACGUUAUUUAUUUUGAAAACAUUAAUAAAUAUGAAAAUUAAGUCAUUUUGUUCUCCGAAUUGUUGGAAAUGUUAGUGAGGAUUUGAUUUUUAAAGUUAAGAAAUGUAUUGUUUUGAAAUGUAAAACACGACUUAGUCUCCAGAUGUAAAAAAAUUGAAAGAUCUAUAGAUGCUUAUUAACAGAUCUCCCCAUGAUGAAUCUGCGUUGUUAGAAUUUACAUAAUCUAAUGGCUGCAGAGAAUAUUGUUGCUGAACUUUCAUGGCUUUGUGCAUUGCUGUUUUUAGUUGUUGGCAUCAUGCUUAUAGCUACUUGUGUGUGUUUCAAAGAUAAUGAAAAAUCUCCGGAAUAUGGCACUGCUGGGCGACUGUCAAUUACCAGAGAUUCACCUAUUUUUCAACAUCAGCCAAGAAAUGGGACUCUGUCUACAAGUUCUAAACAGAGUGAUCUUAAUUCAGAUGAUGGCAAUGCAAAAAGGAACUCCUGGACUGUGAAAGACAGAGCUCUUCCAGAAAUUCCUGGUUCUACAUUUACUCCAGUAGAAAAUGCUGGGAAUGUUGCAAAUUCAGCAACUGCAUCUGAACAAACUAAAGUAAAAAGCCACAAUAAAGCACCAGCCCCCAAGCCACCUGGAAAUGAUCCUUCGAAAGUGUUUCCUAUGAAUGGGUCAACUCCCUUUCCUGUGGCUGAUUCAACUUCUGGAGUAACAGUGACCAUUACUGUAAAUGAUAAAACUCAAAUAAUUGGUAACAAUUCAUCCUUGUCGGAGAGAACUUCUAAAUCCAAGAUACCUGUAGCUGAUAGUCUUCCAGGUGCAACUAACAGUAUGGUUAUUCUUAAAAAAGUUGAAAAAGUUGAAAGUAAGGAGAGUCCUAUUAAAGCAGGGACAAGUUCUGACAAUUUUUAUGAUAUUGUUCCUGAUAAUCGCAGUGACCUGGGUUCACAAUCUACAUCCAUGUCAUCUAGUCCUGUUUGCAUUAAAGUUUCGGGAUCAGCUGCACCAUCUGAAGAUGGUACUUCUAGCAAUCUCUCAGCAAGCCUUGCUGUAGCAGGUGCUGUGCCUUCUUCUGAUAUUCCAUAUAUGACCCCGCCUCUACAUCAUAAUAUACCACCUCCAUUAUUGCAUGAACCAACAGGAAAUGAUAUUACUGGUGGUCGCAGUGAAGUACCUUAUACUGUCAUUUCAGUUCGUGAGCCAUUGGCCAGAGUAAGAGAAAUAACCAUGCGAAGGCAGAGAGCUGCAGCUCAGCAGAACGUUGAAGAAAAUGAAGAUCACUAUGCAAUGGUUCCUGAAGAAGAACAAAUGUAUGCAGAAAUAGGCUCAGGUCAUGAUUCAGGCUCAUCAUCCAUCACUUAUGCGCACAUUGAACCUAGGCAACUUCCUCCUGUGCCACCUACUGUUGAAAGCCUUAAAUCAGUUGCUCAUGCUCACAGUCGACAAGCUUCUACUGUUUCAACAUCAUCAAUAGGAAGUUGUUUAUCAAGUUUAGGAGAUGCAUCACCUCCCCAGCUGCGAAAUCCAUCUUCUUCUCUCUAUUCCACUGUAGAUAAAAGUGGCAGCAAACAAAGAAAAACGAUUCAUGUAGCAGAAGGUGUUAGUUUAGUCACUACUGCUGAAAAGAGGAAAAAGGUAGAAGAUCUCUAUGCCAAGGUACGUAAAAAAAGAAUUGAUCUUACCAUUGGAACACCAGGUUCAGAAGAUGGGUAUCAAGGAAUACAUGAAGGCAAUUCUGAGUGUAUGACUCCUCCUCCAUCCCCAUGGGCUUCUACCACACCACCAGCUCCACCUCCUAUUACUGGACGCAUACAAGCUGCUUCUCUAAGUGUUUUGUUACCUGGUACAUCACAACACGUGCGACGGCACUCUGCUGAUCCGAAUCUUCCAGAGAUUAUUAAUGAAAAUCGAGUAUUUGCUGGAAGUACUCGCAGUUCUGUUGCCUCAUCCAUCAAAGAUCCAACUGAACCAGAUUACGAAAAGAUUUACAAUGAGGACAAUUCUGCUGAUUCUUGUUAUGAGAAAAUCAAGGAAGAAACUGAUGGUAAUGAUAAUACCAGUGGAUCAGUUUGGCAUUCUGUUCCAUCUAAUUCUGCUUUUCCUGGCUAUGCAUCUGUGAAAGAUCCCAAUGAAGAUGAAGAUUCAUUGGAUCCAAAUUAUGAAUGUGUUGUUCAGGGUGGUUCAGAAAAUGAUCCUGGCUAUGAACCAGUAAGAGUUUCAGGUAAUUUUGAUGACAGUGACUCCAAUUCAGAUUAUACAGUUGUCAAAUCAGAAGGUGGGAGGGAAGCUGGCUAUGAACGGGUUAAAAAUCUGGAUCGUUCUGAGAGUGAUGCAGCUGAUCCUGGUUAUGAAAAGAUCAAAAACUUACCUCGAGCAGGUAGUGAUGCAACAGAUCCUGGAUAUGAGAGGGUUAGAAAUAAAGGAGAGGACUUAUCUGAACCUGGUUAUGAAACGGUUCAAAGAUCUGACAGUGAUACAGAUCCAGGUUAUGAAGUUGUGCACCAAAAUAGGUCUUUUAACAGUAGGUAUGCUGCUGAUUCACCACUUCGUAGAUCAGUGAUUCGGGAUUCUAAUAGCACUGUCUUAUUUAUUUCGGGUAAUACUAAUUCUCAUCUAUCUAAUGAUUCCAAUCUUCACGAUAAUGAACAAUCUUCUGGAUCCAAUGAACCCACUGCAACAUUUUUGUAAUCUUUUCGUUAUGUGGCAAAAAAUAGUUGUUCCUUAUAAACUUUUAAAGUGCAAAGCAAAAUCUCAAAUGCUCUCUUAGGCCAUAAUUUUUUUGACUGCAAUAUGCAUAUCAUUCUGCUGAAUAUAUUUUAAGAAGAAGUAGGUUAUGUUGUCCAUUGUUUGAUAUUUUUCUAUUUAUCUGGUGUUUUUUUUUUUUUUUUUUCAAGUUAUGCAAAAAAAAUUAGUUGCUUGUAAAUAUGUAUGAAAUGUUUAUUGUUAAAAGCCUAAAGCCUAGGAUUAUUUUGUUUGUUAUUAUUUUUGAUGUGCAGUAUGUUAUCAUCUUAAGAAGUUUGGAGCAUGUUUUAUUUAAUCAUUAGAUAGAAUAUUUCUUAGUUUAGGCUUAAUGAGCUUAUGUGUAAAGAGUUGUGAAAUAUCCUUUCUGAGCCAUUGAAUGAUAUCAAAAUAUCAAAUGUUUUCAAUGAAUAUUCUUGUACCUAGCUUAUACCAUCCAGUUUCUAAAUAAGUGUCUUUUUUAUGUUGUGAACUUUUUGAAAAAUUGUUCAAUUUUUUUAAAAAAGUUGAACUUUUUUCAGCAUACAUUUUGUUCUAAAAAUGGAUGAAUUUUACUAUAGGAUCUGGAUAAAUUUUACUCUGGUUAUUUAAUCUUAAAAAUUUGUCUUUUUUUAGUAAGCAAAUUUGUUCUUGAUGCCCCUUAUAUUUUACAGCAUAAAAUAUUGCGGAUUUAAUCAAAGGGAUAAUGUACUAAUUACAUUAAUGUGUACUAAUUCCGUAUCUUAAUAAUGAAGUUUAAGUAACUUUAUUACAUUUUUAAAAGAAAGGGGGUAGCCACUAUUUAUAUUUAUUAUUUAUUUAUUGAUGUUUUUAAUAGAUUAAUAUUUUAACAUUAAGUAAUUGUGAUUUUUAAUCAUUUUUGUGCACUCUCUCCUUGAUCAAAUUUAUUUCUUAAUUUUGUACAUCAUUCCUUUAGAGAGAUAGAAACAAUCACUGUGUUGGAUAACAUAUUGAAAUAAGUUAUCUUUUUAUCCAGGAGUUUGACUUUUCAGUAAUUCACUGAAAACUGAUUUCAUUCUAUUUCAUAUCAUUUAUUUGUUUUGAAAUAGGUGUAAAUAAAUUAAUGAU